UGGCGUAUUUUGGUCCAUAGGUGACAUCAUCCACCAGUCCCCUGGCAACCUGGAUCCACAGCACUUGAAAAUGCUGCUGUCAUGUCUGCAGACCACCAAUAAUCCACCAGACAAAUGUCGCAUCCUACUGACGUUAGGAAAUUCUGCUGCUUUUACUGUGAAUCAGAAUCUAAUCCGGGAGUUUGAAGGGAUUCACAUCAUAGCUGGUUUCCUCUCUGAUCCUUCAGCGGAGGUCAGAGUGCAGACUCUGAAUGCUUUAAAUAAUCUGUGUAUGAACAUCCAAAACCAGGAACAAAUAAAGGUGUAUGUGCCACAGGUGCUGGAGCUGAUUGAGAUGUCACCUGUGAACUCGGAGCUGCAGCUCGGUGCUCUCAGGCUGCUGACAAACCUCUCGGUCACAGAUAAACAUCAGCACCUGCUUAAAGAAUCAGUUACACUUUUACUUUCUCUGCUUGUCGUGAGCAAUGAAGCAUUACAGGUUCAGACUUUGAAAGUCCUUGUGAAUUUGUCAUCCAAUCCAGAUAUGAUGGACGACAUUGUUCAAGCUCAG